AUGACUUCCCCACAAUCGGAUAUUGUCUCUUCAAACACAAUUCCAGAAGACAUCUACCCUUUCCUGUUCGGAUUCACAGCGGCCGUUCAACCCACGCCGGAAACCGAUCAAGAAAAUGGAGAGAUCAAUCGACCGCCGAUUGCAGGGGAAAGGUUUGUCAUGAUAAAUCCCUUCGCUAACUCCUUGGUAAUUAUCCCCGAUCCGGUUAUGGUCAACAUCGGCACCCUCUUUUCCCAAGUCACUUCCAAAAACGACCACCCGCCCGCCUCAAAAGCCUCCAUCGAGGCCAUGCCCGUUGUCAAUGUCUCCGAAGAGGAGGAGGGUUCCGAAUGUUCUAUUUGCCUCACGGACUACGUCAUCGGCGGGGUAGCAAAGGAAAUGGGUUGCAAACAUAGGUUCCAUCCGGGUUGUAUAGAGAGGUGGUUAGAGAUAAACGGGUCGUGCCCAGUUUGUAGGUAUACCGUGCCCACGGGUUUAGGACGGGUUGAUGGGGGGGAAGACGAAGGAGGGAGAAGGGCCGGCGCCGGCGGCGGUGGAGGAAUUACCAUCACGUUUCAUUUCGGUGGCCGGAGGGGAGAAGAAUUAGAUACGGGUCAUGGAGAAAACGGGUCGGUUAUGGUUUAACAAGAAGAAUUUUAUCAAAGAUUGGAAGCUAAUUGCAUUUGCAAGAGACAAAUUAAUUAAUCAUCAAAAGAUAUAUAUUAAUUAGAUAGCUUGUAAAUGAUGGACAUAAUUAUUUUUUAUUUUUAUUUUUUUUAGAACAAAUGAUGACUAUUUCUUUUUAUGUACAGAUAAUUUUGUAUGCGCAAAAGGAAUUUCUUGAUUCUAUUUAUCACAUUAUAAGUUCUAAAACACAAGAAAUGUUCUUUUUAAUAUGAGUUGAUUUUCAUA